AUGAAGCUCUAUGAACUAAGAGGAGAGGUAAAUGAUAUAGCAGCAAAAUUAGAGGAAGAUAUUCUUUCUAAUAGAAAACCUGCAACAAGCGUGCUUGAAGGCAUUCGAGACAAAGUAAAAAGAAUAUAUGAAGAGGUCUACCAGAAGGAGGCAACCUCUGAGUAUCUGAUAAUUGAUAGGCAUGCAGUGGGGAUGGACAUUACAAGAGCAAUGCUUCUCAUCCAAAUGAUUGAUACAAAGGUAGACAUCGAUAUUCCGCUAAAUGCCCUGCAGCGCAACACAAAGUCAACGAUUUCCCAGCUCUCAUCAAAGGAAAUUCUGGUAGAGGCUGUUUACAUAUACAUUAUUAAGCACCAGCACUCGCAUGGAAUGAUAGAGGUUCUGCGGAUUCUAAAGAACAAGAUGCUAAUUAAAAAAACCAUGACAAACGAAGAGAGCGAUCUGGAUAGGUUUAUUUUGCAAAGUGUAAACAAAAUUGUUGAGGCAAAGGUGGAGAGCCUUCUGCCAAUUACACAGUGCGAAACAAACAAUGAGCUGAUUCUGGCGCUAAACGCAAUACUUGAGGUUGACAACCUGAAGUACAUUGAGGAUGUUCUUCUGAAUAACGUGUAUCCUGCAGUAGACAUACGAAAUGUGCUGAGGCAGCUAAUUCUUAUAGACAGCAUAGAGAUCAACGGAGAUUUGCUGGAGGUCUACCAUCUGGUGCUGCAGAUUCUUUUCCAGUACAUCCAGAUGAGAAAGAGAAAGGAUAUUUUCAAGAGCAAAGAUGUUAUAUAUGAGGUGCUGGAUGAUGACUGCGUUAGCAUUAUGGUGAGAAUACUUGAGAAAGACACCGUGCCAAGCAACAUUCGCAUGGAGGUGAUGAACAUUCUAAUUGAAAGCGACAUACAGACAAUCAACUACACGCACAUAGACAUCAACAACAUAAAUCUUGUUCCGCUAAUUCGGUACGUAGUGAAGAACCCGGAACAGAUCAGGCUGCUCAUGGAAAUACUAGAGGUGCUAGAGAUUGAAAUCACAGAGGACGGAAAUGAGUCUGAGAUCGCCAGCCUCAUAGUAAUCAUGGACUUCCUGAACAUUAUUCUGCGCACAUACACAGAAAACUCUCUGCCAAAUAAUGAAAAGCUGCAGGACACGGCCAGCUUCAAUGCCCGUAGAGACCUGGGGCUGGAGAGUGUCUUUACUGAAGAUGAGGGCUCUCCAAGCAUGCAAACCAUGAACACAGUGCGCAUGUCACUUAACAGCACAAUUUCAAUUGAGAAAUACAUUGGAAAUAGCAUUGUGGAGGUGUACAACAGCAUUAUACCAGACUUUUCAAACCCUCUUAUUAUAUACACAUAUUUGACCAUGUUCAGCAGGCUGAUUCAGGAAACACAACCGGACACUGCGUAUUAUAAAAACAUAAACAACAAGAACAGCCUACUAAGCCACAGCACUGCAGCAAUCAGCACGAUUCUGAGAACACUCAGUAUGUAUGUGGCCCAGGACAAUAUGCUGUAUGCCGAAAUGCCUGCAAUAAAGCUCUAUGACCUGAACAGCCCAUACAGCGCAAUCUCCACAUCUGAGACCUCUGCAGGUAAGAACAUUCUUUUGGAGUCAAUACAGAUGCUUUACGCCAUUAUACUGCAGCUUCCAGAGCCGAUAAAGAACACAAUCAACACCAGCUAUGUUCUGAAUAUCGUGUUUAGAGUAGUGCGAAAGAGCACAGGCCAGAUCCCAAAGGACGUGCUGUCCUUCAUUAGAGGCUUUUUCACCUCUCCAAUACUCCACAAGCUGGCAAACUCAAUUGGAGGAAACCUCUACCCGUUUAUCUCUAUUCUUACAAACAAAGGAGAGCUGGAGACAGUGUAUAACCUGGUGCAAAACAGUAAUAAGCUCUACAAGGGAAUUCUGCAAAAAGACAUCAUAUCAGAAAGUGUGAUCACUGAGUACAAAAACACAAGUAUCCUGUAUAACCUUCUUGGAACAAUCAUAGUGCAGUACUACACAGAAAACACCCUACUAAUCAACGCAGAUAUUAACAAAAAAAUAGUUGAUCUGUAUAACAUAGUCCUGAGAAACAUCAAGAGGUCUCCGCAUGUGUCUUUCUUAAAGGAAAGUAACGAGUUUGGGUAUUUCUUCAAAAUAAUCUGUGUUGUUGGAAAGACUCUUGAGCUUGACUGCACGGAUAUGCUUAAUGCAAUUCUCUCUGCAACAGGGAACACAGGCGCAAGUGUAAGCCAGUGCCAGUCGUCUGUGAUAUACACCUGCAACAGCAGAAACAUAUCUGAGCUGUAUUACUUCUAUCACUUUAUAUAUAAGGGCGUAGCAACAAACAGCAAAUUGGUCAUGGGAAAAGACAUCCAGCAAGAAAAAGACUUGCUUUGCGUGGCAGAGCUGCACAACCAAUACAGCAGCAACACACUCAGGUACUUGGCGCUGCUUGGCUUGGAGGGAAGCCAUGUCAACAACCCAAGCUAUCUUAAGGUGUAUAAGGAUCUAGAUCUAUCUUCUGUUGCAGCUGCUGAAAGAGGGCUAUUUGUUAAUCAGAUAUACAGAGCUCUAUUCCUUUCCGGCCGCAUACACACAGGAAGCCACUCAAUCUCUGCACCAUACAGCAGCAGCGCGCAAGACUCCUCAGCUUCACCAGCGCGAAAUGAAAAACCAAGCGAAUACAAAGCGAGAGAAUACUCAUACGCUGACAUGGCAAUUCGAUCUGCUAUAAAGUUCACUAGAGAUACUGGAAUUCCACAGACGCUUCCCCAUACAGUUCUGGCGGUUGGUGAUGCAUCUCUUGUUUCAGCACUGCUCUAUACGCUAUAUGAUAAAGCCCCAAAUUCUGCAAUUGUCCACUCGUACAUUAAGAAAAUGCAAAAAUAUACUAAAAACGACAACACUGUCUUUUCAAGAGUUCUAGCGCAUAUUAUGCUCUAG